UGGUGGAAAUUCCAGAGUAGGAAACGUUGAUCCAUAGUAAGAGCUUAACAUGGUUAGCUAAGUGAGGUAGUGCUGGUUUAAAUCUAAAUGUCAGACCUCAAAGCGUUGUCUUUCACUCUAUUGCUAUAAAAUCUACGUAUGUACUUGCUGUUUUAUCAGGAAGCUUGGUAAUAGGUUGAUAUUUGUCCUUUUUUUUGUCUUUAUGCGGUUGUGUAGAACUAGCCUGUUAGCUCUGCGUCGUUUCAGUGGAACUCCUCAGCUCGCUAGUUUUGUUGCACUGGAAUUUCUUAGCUUGUUUGACAGCUGGGGAAGCUAAAAUUAACCACGUUUAUAUGUAGUGAUCCGGCCUCCGUUCGACCAGGUUUGCGUGUGAAAGUUUAUUUUGUGCUAGUUUUCUCUGUUUCCGAAUGUUUGGUAACAGAAAUAGCAACGGCUGCAGCUAGCAGAUGGUUAGCCCGUUAACAUCAACAAUGGGUUAUAAGGGAGGUUUGAAGACGGCUAAAAGGCUUUAUUUUGUGGCUAUUCUCCUCCUUGUCUUCGCUGAUCGACUGGCAGCAGAUGAAGAUCAACGCAGAGACGAUGGAUCUGAGUUAAAGUCGUAUCACGAUCCAGACUCUGAUGAGGAAGACGUCCAUAUCGUGUCGAGGAUUCUGGCGGCCUAAAGCACACUGACGACAGAAGAGGAAAUAUUGACAGAAAAUUGAGAACUACCUGAACAGCCUCCUCCUCCUGAGGAGAAACCUAAAGAGGUUCCUGUAGUGAAUGGGGGCACAGCCCAUGGAGAGCCCUGCGUCUUCCCGUUCUACUUCCACGGGAGGGAGUACUCUGACUGCACCACUGGCAACCUAUGACUAUGGGAGACAAGUCAGCUGUGGUUGAACUGUCUCUCCGGCUCCGAAUUUGCAGCUUCGACGGAGGAGCAGGCGGAGCAGAGACUGCAGGCUGAAGAAGUGGAGGAGCAAUAUCAGACAGUCCUGCGGAUGCUUAAUGGUUCCACCAGGAGGGCUCAGAAGAAAGAGUUGUACGAGAAGCUGUUGAAAGUGGCGGAGAAAGGCCACCAGAAAGCCACGGAGAAGGUCGCAUACGCCAUGCUGUUUGGAGACUACAUGAACCAGAAUGUCACCAAAGCCAGAGAGAUGUUUGAGAAGCUGGCUGUGGAGGGCUCACCUAAAGCUCAGAUGGCUCUUGGCUUUCUGUAUGCAGCAGGACUCGGCGUUAACUCAAGUCAAGCCAAGGCUUUAGUUUAUUACACCUUUGGUGCAUUGGGUGGAAACCUAAUAGCGCAUAUGAUUAUGGGUUACAGAUACUGGGCCGGUGUGGGUGUUUCCCAGAGCUGUGAGUCAGCGCUAACGCAUUAUAGAGUGGUGGCAAAUCACGUGGCGAGUGACGUGUCACUGACGGGAGGCUCGGCAGUGCAGAGGAUCAGGCUGCUGGAUGAGGUGGAGAACCCAGGCUCCACCAGUGGGAUGCUGGAGGAAGACCUCAUCCAGUAUUACCAGUUUUUGGCAGAGAAAGGAGACGUUCAAGCUCAGGUUGGUUUAGGUCAGCUUCAUCUACAUGGUGGACGUGGAGUGGAGCAGAAUCACCAGAGGGCGUACGACUACUUCACACAGGCUGCGAAUGCUGGGAACACACAUGCUAUGGCUUUCCUUGGAAAGAUGUAUUCAGAAGGCAGCGAGUUUCUCCCUCAGGACAAUGAGACAGCUCUGCAGUACUUCAAAAAGGCCUCUGAUAUGGGUAAUCCAGUGGGCCAGAGCGGACUGGGGAUGGCUUAUUUAUAUGGAAGGGGAGUCCCUGUGAACUACGAGUUGGCUCUAAAAUACUUCCAGAAGGCAGCAGAGCAGGGUUGGGUGGACGGACAACUCCAGCUGGGAACCAUGUAUUACAAUGGCAUCGGUGUGAAGCGGGAUUACAAACAAGCGCUGAAAUUCUUCAACCUGGCCUCGCAGGCCGGCCACAUCCUGGCUUUCUACAACCUGGCCCAGAUGCACGCUACCGGUACCGGCGUGAUGCGCUCCUGCCACACUGCAGUGGAGCUUUUUAAGAACGUGUGUGAGCGCGGCCGCUGGUCGGAGCGCCUGAUGACGGCCUACGGCAGCUUCAAAGAGGGAGAGACGGACGGCGCGCUGGUUCAGUAUCUGCUGCUGGCAGAGCAGGGAUAUGAAGUGGCUCAGAGCAACGUAGCCUUCAUUCUGGACCAGAAAGGAGCAAAAAUCUUCAGCGACAAUGAGACCUAUCCUCGUGCUUUACUCCACUGGACAAGGGCUGCUGCACAAGGUUACACUGUGGCUCGGAUUAAACUGGGCGACUAUCACUUCUAUGGCUAUGGAACAGAUGUGGAUUAUGAGACGGCGGUCAUUCACUACAGGCUCGCAUCAGAGCAGCAGAACGGCGCCCAGGCCAUGUUCAACCUGGGUUAUAUGCAUGAGAAAGGUCUGGGUAUCAAACAGGAUAUCCAUUUAGCAAAGCGCUUCUACGACAUGGCAGCAGAAGCCAGUCCUGAUGCCCAGGUCCCAGUUUUCCUGGCCCUGUGCAAGCUGGGCCUGACUUACACUCUGCAGCACCUGCAGGACCUUAAUCUGAAGGAGUUGAUUGCUCAGGUGGACCUGGACCAGCUUCUGGGCCCGGAGUGGGACCUCUACCUCAUGACGGUCAUCGCCCUGCUGCUGGGCACGGUCAUCGCCUACAGACAGCGGCAGCAUCAAAUCAUCGUGGCGCCCCGCCCUCCGCCUCCCACUCCAGCGCCCCCUCCCAGACCCGCUCAGGAGGACGAGGAGGAGCCGCAAGCUCAGGCAGAGCCUCAGGAUCAGGAGGAGACGCCCGGCCCAGGCGAGGCUCAUGAUGAUGAUGAUGAGGAGGAGGAGCAGCAGUGAGAAGAGGCCAGGGAAAGACAAGAGAGCAGAACUGAUUAAAAACCUGCUGCUUUGAGCAUGUCUCCCACUGCCUGCUCUCCUCCACGUUAUUAGAAAACUCUCAUUGGCUGCUGAAACUGUUCAGUUCUCCAUUCGAGAAGUGAUGAAACAAACACAGGACCUAGGACUUUUUUUUGUGGCUUUUUUUCCCCUGUGACUCGGGAUUCUGCCAGAGGCAACCAUGGCCUCACCAUGGAGCUGUGUUGCAGUUUCCUCAUUAAAAACAUUUUAAAGUCAGCUGAUUAGAAGGAUUCUAAUUUCUGCUUUAGUUUUCUUCUCACAUGUCCCUAUUUUGUCAAAUGUUUUUUCUCCAGGAGUCGAUCUGCUCCAAUCCUAAGUAAAAGCAGAUCUAGAAAAUUAAAAGGGUAAGGUAAUGUGAAUUAAGCUUUUUUUUAAAUGUUUUUGUUGCUAAAGACAGGAUUCUGCUUCAUUUUUUGGUUGGGGCAAUUUUUUUUUAACAGUUUUAAGUUAAUUCUAGCUAAAUUUCCUUCAGUAUUUUUUCCGGAAUCCAUAAAGUUUUGAUUUCUAUGCUAUAAUAUACAAAAUCCAUCUGCUUUUUUUGUUACUAUUAUUUUUAGAGAAACAAGAAAGAUGUUGGGCAUUUUUCUUUAAAAAGCUGAAGUACUAGAGGUACCCUUUGGCUUUCAACAAUGAGGAGCAUUUGAAUUUGGUCAACAACAACAACAACAAAAAAACUUAUGUCAAAAUAAGAUCCUAUUAGAAACAUUUUGUGGGAGAAUAUUUGUUCUUUUAAAAAAAUGAUGCAAUAAUAGGUUUAUAAAUUCAUAUUAAAUGGCAAGUCGAAAACAUGCCAAACUACA